AUGCCCACCUUACCAUCUUUCCUCUCUAAGCACAAUCGCACUUCUGCUACUCCCACUCCUCCUCCCCCUUCCUCUACUUCUCCUCGCCCUACCAUCUCCGGACCUCUCCCGCAGGGCUAUCCUUCUUCGAGCCGGCUCUCAAGCCACGGAGGUGCCACCGUCCAGCUUGUCCCUUCGGAUAGUAGAUCUGCGGCUGAACAGCAAGAAGCCAACAACAAUCCCUCCUCUUCUUCCUCGCUGUCCUCUUAUAAUCCUUCCUCCCGAAAGCCUCUUGAAAGUAGCAACACCGGUGGUAACAGUAAUAAUUCCGGAGGCUCUAAUCAAGGAAGUCGCUUGCCCGCCGGUACCAACUCCUUUUCCUCCGGUGCUUCUUCGUCUUACUACGACCGAGACCGUCAAAUCCAACCCCCUGCCCCUCCUCUCUCCCCGCAACCAGACGCUUACAGCAACAACACAGGUCUCGCCCGACGACUAUCCCGUCACAAGCACCAGUCUACCCCACCAUCCUUUCCGCAGCAGCAGCAACAAACUGAAUCUGAUCAUUUAGAUCCUUAUCUGCAACCAUCACCCCAUUCCCCCGGGCCACCCCCUCACUCUCCGGGCAGACCCCAGUCUAUGUUAGCCCCCCCGCAGGAGGGUGAAGGAGAACAUUACUCCGUUAAGCGUGCAGACACCGACCCAUCUCAACAGCAGUACUCUCAACAUACCCUCCCGCAGCGUCAGGAUAGCUUUCACAAUCCCGCUAAUCUUCAAAUCCAACUUCAGCAACAGCAGCCACAGGGUAAUCACACAAUGGCCAAUCAGGCUCAUAACCAACCUCGCCGGUCUACGGAACAGUCUAGCCAAGUUGGGCCGCCUCGUGAAGGAUCCACGUUAUCUCAAAUGAAUGUUUACGUUUCAAGUGGAAGGGGGGGUAAUCUCGGCCAGCAAGAGUAUCAAAUUCAAGCCGGGGGCGGUACCGGGGGUAAUCAGCCCCCGGCUUAUGAUCCGGCUAAGUACGACGGGCAGCCGAUGGGGAGGAUGACGCCUGAGAAUAGAGCCGAGUCACGAUCCGGAUCAGCUCCAGAAGCUAUCAAUGUCCCGCAGUUAAUGCAGGAUCAUGAGACUUUGAGUAGGUUCACCUCCAUCACAUGCAACUGGGAAGCUCCCAGCGACUUGGCCUUGCCAUGUGAGAUCGGUUGUGAAAAUUGGGCUUUCUGACGGUUUGGUGAGCGGAUAUGCUGAUUGGGGAAUUUGUGUAUAGCCGCCAAAUACCGCAAGGUUAAAAGUCUGUAUUUCGAGAGCAAGUCUGAAGUCGAGCGUCUGCAGAACACUCUCGCACAUCAACGUAUUUCCCAGUCCCGUACCUCCCUUGACGACAACGAAUACGCCAAUCGGUUUGAUCGCCUUGAUGGUGCGAUCAAGAAUGUGGCCUUCGAGAUUCGGCAGUCUUGGAAGACAAUUCCCCCCUGGCUCGGAGGUGUCAUCAAUUCCGGCGCAGAAGUUAAGGGAGGUCGGGAAAUGACGGUUGUCGGUAGAGCUUGUAUUUCUAGAUGGGUUGUCGAUGAAAUUCUGGAGAAAUUCUUUCAUCCCGCAUUGGAUGUUAAUCUAAGUGCCCAUCUUAAGACGAUUGAGCAUGGCAUUAGAAAGAAUGCGCCACCACCGCAGUCAGUCGAGGAUGAUGAUGCCCUUAGCGCUAAAGUAUGCAAUUGGAGACUUACGACACUUGACGGGCUACGAGAUAGCAUACAUGGCCCCCACGCGAUGGAGUACCGACAGCGUUUGUCGGAACAUCUUGUGAAGCAACUAGUUGAUAGCUUGCAGAUGCAUCUUCACGACCCUUCUCCCCCUGGGCUAUUGGGAGGCAUCCAGAUGAUUGUCGACAUCGCCGUGGGUCUUGGCGCCAAUCUUCCUCUGGAGUCUAGAGAUGUGAGGGUAUGGUACCCUCAUCCGGGUGAAAGGUUCGAUAGCAAAUUUAUGAGGGGGGAGGUUGGAUUACCGCCCCUUGUAGCCACCAGAGGACCAGAGGGGGAGGGAGAAAAGCUGCAAUUGGAUACAAACCAGCAAAGCCACCUCAUGGAGGGUAGUGAGACAUCGCCCCUACCGCCCCCGGCACCAGCCAAAGACGACAAGCCUCUGCCCGCGGGCAAAGCUGGUAUCGGGGCGUUGCCACCUCCAUCAGGGGCAAUGCAGAAUAAAGAAGGUGCCGGAAAGAAGCUUGCGGGCUUCAAUAGAGUCAAGAAAGCACUCCAAGGAUCCGCUCAUCAACUUGCGAACCCGAACCUUUCUUCCCCCUCGAUUGGGCAACAAGGCCAGCAGGGUCAACAGCAGAACGGCAAUUCUGGAAGCCAGGCAUCGCUCACCCAACAGCAGCAACCGCAGCCCGCCCAAGACCCCUCUGCGCCCAAAGACGGUGAUAGGAUCCGACUGGCUGGUUUCAUGGCCUGUGAGGUCCGUGGGAAGCUUAUCCUUGUUAAGGCACCAGUCUGGCUUUGAUUUGGUUCAUGGUAUUCUUUUCUUCUUCUUUCUCCCCUCGUCGGGAGAAGGGAGGGUUAUUGGCUUAAUGUGCUGUGAGCGUGUUGAGGUUUUUAUUCCUUUGGCUUCGUGAUUUUGUUUCUUCUCGUUUAUUUCACUUAUUUUUUUGUCCAUACCUCUCGCUUUGGGUGAAGCGAAAUAUCGUGAUGAGUUUGACGAAGGGUGGGUCGGAUUGCAUGCUUAUGUUUAUUCAUCAGUGCGAGGAUGGGAUACUCGGGAUUGGGGGCUUUUCUUUCUUUCCAUCUCCUCAAAUUCCACCUCCUUGCGAGUGCAAAAGUGACAUAGAUGCGUUUGGGUUAUAGGAUUGGUAAUGUAUCGCUGGUAGGAUGGUGUGGCUUCUAUGGGCUCGCGGUGAAAAUGGGAGACCGGAGUGCACGGGACUCGGUAUUUCUUUCCGCCCGCUAGCAUAUAAAUCACAUAUACCGACUCAGAUACUCUACCGUGUGGCGCUAUGUUCCGAAAGCGCAUACAGUAUCAUAUCAUGCUAGUGACUCCGCUUUUUGGGCCCGGCUUAGCCUUGCCUAAACCCCAGCCCUCGCUUCAUUGCAUGCAAAAAUUGCACAUUCAUUCCUGAGCUCAGCGGAGGAUCAUUAUGUGUCACUCGAUUUGUUACUAUCGGU